AUGUCGCAACCCAGCCGACCUAGGAUCGGCCGCAUUCCUCGAGAUUUAUUCUCGCCCUACUUCAAGGACAUCAAAAGCCUACCCUACCACGAGUCAACCUCCGGCCGUGGGGCGGGAUCUCACCAUAGCACUUUCGUCGCCACCGUCACUUCGGACAAAACACUCCGUGUCUGGAACCCCGAGAGAAAGGAUGUCAAAAACUCCACGGAACUCCGUGGCCACCUGGCUGCGAUUGAGAAGAUAGCCUUCAACCCAGUCAAAGAGGCAGAGCUUUGCAGUGUCAGCAACGAUGGGGUCGUGAAACUCUGGGAUGUAAGGACAAAAGCGUGUGUCAAUGAAAUCAAGGGCCUGGGUAACGCACACACUCUGGCUUGGGCCCCUGAUGGCUCCUCGUUGCUGGUGGGAAACCGGGUUUCUCAUUUGAUGGAUGCUAUGUGGUCGGCGGAUGCGAAGAAGACAGCCGGGCCGUGCGAGGCUGUCGCGUGGGCUCCCACAAGAUACUGCCUCGCUUACGGCGACCUAGGCGUGCUGCGUAUCAUUGACGCAGACAAGAAGAACACGCCGAAAUCAUAG